CUUCCUCAUCGACGAAGCUUUUUAAUGAAAAGCUUCGCCUUCCAUUCCAUGGCCACCUUGGGUGUAUUGAAUUAUAAUUUGCCACCAGGAUUAACCAUGAAAAUGAAUAACAACAGCAACAACAAUAACUCACAGCAAGGAUCAGCAAUGCAGUCCAACAAUUCCCCAUUGACCAUGGCGGGAAAUACGAAUAAAACUUUCAACAAAAUCACAGUGCAAAAUGUUCUAAGUGAAAAUAAUUCUAAUGCCCUGAAUAUUGCCCAGGGUAAUCCAAAUGCCAUUGUAAGGAAAAUUAAAGAUUUUGGUAUGAUUGGAACGGUGAAUGGAGCAGGGAAUGUUAAUUCCCUCAAUUUGAGUUGUAAUCCUCGAAAAAGGCCUUUGAGUGAAAAUAAUAAUAACAACAACAAUUCUAAUGAUGAAAACAAAUCCUGUGGAACUGCACGUAAAGAUAAGAAAACCUCUCCCGGGGCUAGCAAAAAACCCAAAUUAAGCAAGGAGGAGAGGACUGCCCUGAGAUUGGCGAAAAAGGCUGCCAAGGAAAAUGCCGCCGCCAUGGCCAAAGGUUCCCCACUUCCACCCAAUGGAUUACCCAUUAAAAUUCCCGGUACCCCAGGAAGAAAAGGUCUACCUUUACCCCAGGCUGUGGCACGCCGCAAUGCCCGUGAACGUAAUCGUGUGAAGCAGGUUAACAAUGGUUUUGCCGCUCUGCGGGAACGUAUCCCGGAGGAGGUAGCCGAGGCAUUCGAGGCACAAAGUACAUGUAAAAAUAAUGGCAAGAAGUUAAGUAAAGUGGAAACGCUACGCAUGGCCGUGGAGUACAUUAGAUCCUUGGAACGCCUCUUAGGUUUUGAUUUCCCGGCGGGAGCUGCCCUCAACUCCACCUCUUCCAGUGGUGAUGAUAGCUUUUCCAUGAUUAAAGAUGAAUUCGAUGCCUAUUCACCCAGUAUGGAUGAACAUUAUGAUGACUCGCUGAGCCACUACGAUUCCGAGGAAUAUUUUGUCCAUCAACCCACAACACCAAUGACCAACACUAACCAACCACAACCUCCUACAGCUUCAUCUCUGCCACCACACUGCCACAGUCCACCAACACAAAUGGAUAGCCUACCGAAUAUCACCUCGUUGAAUGGCCUGCAGUACAUCAGAAUUCCAGGGACAAAUACCUAUCAAUUAUUGACCCCAGACAUAUUUGUUGGUAAUGCGGCCUCUCCCCCUUCCUCCACCGUUGAUGAAGAACAUUUCCAGGCCUUAAUUGACACUAAUUGCAACAGUCCAGCGUCGUCACCAUUGGUCACAACAUCGAAUACGUCAUCACCGACAGCAACAACAACAGCGGGGGCACACGUUACAGCUGAUGCCAAUACGUCUUCUUCGUCGCCAACAACAAUUAGGCCGCACAUUAACCUGGACAGAACGGAAGCAGCACCUGUUUCGUCUUCCCUAACAAAUACAAAGGGUUCAGUAAGUUUGUUAUCGACUUCUUCACCAUCAUCUUCAAGAAUAUCGCCCGUGCCACAACACCAACUUCAACAGCAACAACACCACCAAAUGAAUAACAUGUUAACAACAGCAACAACAACCCCCAGUACAGCUGAAAGUGCAGUUAAUAAUGGAAAUCAAGCGAUAUUACAAAGGGCAACACCUGCCAACUCCGCGGAACAGCAACAGCACCAAGAAAUGCAUGACUUACGGCAAACGUGUGCCGUUAACCCAACAAGGGUCUCAAUGGAGACACAGUUAAUUAAACAGGAAUAUGAAGAGCCAACAAUUAUCUAUCAAAAUCAACAGAGAUCACCACACGGCCAUCAACAACAACAACAACUGUAUAUGGCAGCUCCAUCCCACCCAAUGGCCAUGUCACCGCCCUUGGAGAGGCAAACCCCAAAUUCCCAACAAUUACCACCAUUUUUCCACAACACCAACAACAAUCAAAACAACUUCUAUCCCGGCCUAAUGCAAUUGAAAAAAGAAUUCGAUGAAGAUCUUCUGGAUGUGGCCCAAAAUGUCAAUGUCAUGUCUGAUGAGUCAAUGAUCGAAAGCAUUGAUUGGUGGGAGGCCCACACACCCAAAUCGGAAGUGUUGUAAAUGUAAUAAUUUUUAUUAGUUUUU